AACUUAGUUUUUCUAAGAAACCAUGUUAUAAGACUAAUCGAUAAUCAGCCAAUGUCGAUAGAUUCUCCAAAUAAGUUAAAGCUAGAAGGAAAUGAGUUUUUUGGGCGAAAAGAUUUUGAGUCAGCCCUUUCAAAAUACACAAAGGCCAUAAAUCUGGAUGAGGCUAAUCCAAUUCUAUAUUCUAAUCGAGCUGCCACUUACCUCAACUUGAGCAACUGGAAAAGAGCAAUUGAUGACUGUGAUACUGGAUUGAAGCUGGUUGGACGUAAAGACAUUGCCGCUUUGUCACCCGUUGAGGUCAAACUCCUUUGUCGAAAAGCUAUCGGAUUGAGAAACAGUGAUAAACCGAAGGAAGCAUUGAAGUGCAUUAACGAUGCUUUACUUAUUGAUCCUACAAACAAAGCUUUGAAGAGCGAAUGGCACCUUUUGGUACGAAAUGAACAAUUGGCAGAAAGUAACUUUGGUCAGAUAACAAACAACGCUCAUUUAGUUACUGUGGAUAUACAAGAAGUGGAUGAAAUUCCAAAGGACUUCUUUUCUCAAAAUCCAAACGCAGAGGAGAUUUCUAGUGAAAUAUCAAAUGAAGGUUCUCCAAUAAGGACUGAAGCUCAUGAAGAGUAUCACUCUGCUAGUGAGAGAAUGACGGUGAGUGGCAUAGAUAAUCACACCGGUACCCCUGAGUAUCCUUCACACCCUACGGUUCAGUUUCUGUCUGCUCUGAGGCUCCAGCCUGAAACAAAACGUCAGUCUUAUUAUAAAUACGUUCUCAGUGUUAAUCCUCAGCAAUAUCGUGAUAUAUACAAGAUGACAGGACUGGACCCCGAGUUUCUUAAUUUUUUCUUGGAAGCAUGUGUAUAUGCAUUGCAGAACGAUCAUCUACAAUACAAAGAAAGCAUUUUGAAUUUGUUGUCGCUGUUUGCAAGUCUGCCAAGAUUUUCUCUUACAUCCAUGUUUGCCGACUCGUCUAAAAUUCAAAGUUUAAAAUUAUUGUUUAAAAACAAAAUUAAUAAAAACUUCGGCGAGUUUUGGAACUGAAGUCUUGUAUUGUGGUUGUGGUCAAUUGUGAUUUGAGUGAAGUUUUUUCAGUAUUCUAUUUCUUUUAUAAAAUAAAUUUGUUAUACUCAAUGUAUAUAGCAUUAAACAAAUUUGG